GCAGUCAGGCAGGCCACGCCCACUUGGGACCGUCAUUAAUGUGGGUCACAUGACAGAGCAGCGUCUCGGAAAGAUUUGAAGCAAGUCCCAUAACCAUGCCAACCACCCAGCAAUCCCCUCAGGAUGAACAGGAAAAGCUUCUCGAUGAAGCGGUUCAGGCUGUUAAGGUCCAGUCAUUCCAGAUGAAGCGAUGUCUGGACAAGAACAAGUUGAUGGAUGCUUUAAAGCAUGCCUCCAACAUGCUGGGUGAGCUGAGGACCUCCAUGCUCUCUCCCAAGAGCUACUAUGAGCUCUACAUGGCCAUCUCUGAUGAACUCCACUAUCUGGAGGUGUAUUUGACUGAUGAGUUUGCCAAGGGCCGCAAGGUGGCAGACCUUUACGAGCUGGUCCAGUACGCGGGCAACAUCAUCCCCAGACUCUAUCUCCUGAUCACAGUUGGUGUGGUGUAUGUCCGCUCCUUCCCUCAGUCACGUAAGGACAUCCUAAAGGACCUAGUAGAGAUGUGUCGUGGCGUCCAGCACCCACUGAGGGGUCUUUUCCUCCGAAAUUACCUGCUGCAGUGCACCCGCAACAUACUGCCAGACGACGGGGAACAGCCAGAGGGGUCAGAGGAGAUGACCGGCGACAUCAACGACUCCAUCGACUUUGUCCUCCUGAACUUUGCGGAAAUGAACAAGUUGUGGGUCCGAAUGCAGCAUCAAGGUCACAGCCGAGACAGGGAGAAGAGAGAAAAGGAGCGGCAGGAGCUGCGGAUUCUGGUGGGCACCAAUCUAGUUCGCCUCAGCCAGCUGGAGGGCGUCAACGUGGACAAAUACAAACAGAUAGUUCUUGCUGGUGUGCUGGAGCAAGUUGUUAAUUGUAGAGACUCAUUGGCUCAGGAGUAUUUGAUGGAGUGCAUUAUUCAGGUUUUCCCUGACGAGUUCCACCUUCAGACCCUGAACCCGUUUCUCCGAUCCUGCGCUGAGCUCCACCAACAUGUCAAUGUCAAAAACAUCAUCAUUGCCCUCAUUGACAGACUUGCUCUGUUUGCUCACCGAGAAGAUGGCCCAGGCAUUCCAGCUGAGAUUAAACUGUUUGACAUCUUCUCUCAGCAAGUGGCCACUGUUAUCCAGUCCCGUCAGGACAUGCCGUCGGAGGACGUGGUCUCCCUCCAGGUCUCUCUCAUCAAUCUGGCCAUGAAAUGCUACCCAGACCGCGUGGACUACGUCGAUAAAGUCCUGGAGAGCACGGUGGAAAUAUUCAACAAGCUCAACCUGGAGCACAUAGCCACCAGCAGUGCUGUCUCAAAGGAACUGACCCGGCUUUUGAAGAUCCCCGUGGACUCCUACAACAGCAUCCUGAUGGUGCUGCAGCUCAAGCACUUCCCACCGCUCUUUGAGUACUUUGACUACGAGUCACGCAAGAGCAUGAGCUGCUACGUCCUGAGCAACACGCUGGAAUACAACACCAUCAUCGUGGCCCAAGAGCAGGUGGACGCCAUCUUGAGCUUGGUAUCGACACUGAUCCAGGACCAGCCGGACCAGCCAGCCGAUGAGCCCGACCCAGAGGACUUUGCCGAAGAGCAGAGCCUGGUGGGACGGUUCAUCCACCUGUUCCACUCUGAAGAUCCUGACCAACAAUAUCUUAUUCUCAACACGGCCCGGAAGCAUUUCGGUGCCGGUGGGAACCAGAGGAUCCGCUACACUCUGCCUCCUCUGGUUUUUGCUGCAUAUCAGCUAGCGUUCAGAUACAAGGAGAACUCCUCAGUGGAUGAUAAGUGGGAGAAGAAGUGCCAAAAGAUAUUUUCCUUUGCCCACCAGACAAUCAGCGCACUCAUUAAGGCCGAACUCUCCGAGCUUCCUCUUCGGCUCUUCCUGCAGGGGGCACUGGCUGCAGGCGAGAUAGGCUUCGAGAACCAUGAAACUGUAGCAUACGAGUUCAUGUCCCAGGCCUUCUCUCUUUACGAGGACGAGAUCAGUGACUCCAAAGCCCAGCUGGCCGCUAUCACACUGAUCAUCGGCACUUUCGAGCGGAUGAGGUGCUUCAGCGAGGAGAACCACGAGCCUCUGAGAACCCAGUGCGCCCUGGCCGCAUCCAAGCUCCUGAAGAAGCCCGACCAGUGCCGGGCUGUCAGCACAUGCGCUCACCUCUUCUGGUCCGGCCGCAGCACAGACAAAAACGGGGAGGAGAUACGCGAUGGGAAGCGGGUGAUGGAGUGUCUAAAGAAAGCCCUGAAGAUCGCCAACCAGUGCAUGGACUCCUCACUGCAAGUCCAGCUGUUCAUUGAAAUACUCAACAGAUACAUCUGCUUCUACGAAAGAGAGAACGACGCGGUGACAGUCCAGGUAUUAAACCAGCUGAUCCAGAAGAUCAGGGAGGACCUCCCUAACCUGGAGGCGAGCGAAGAAACGGAACAGAUUAACAAACAUUUCCACAACACACUGGAACACCUCCGCCUGCAGAGGGAGUCCCCAGAGUCUGAGGGCCCCGCCUACGAGGGCCUGGUCCUUUAGAAAAAACCCAGUCUUGGAACGGCGCUCAGCCCUCCCUAAAUGUUUCACUCUAUAAUAACGUCAAACUGCACCCACUCACAAAGUAACACAAAUUUCUCCAUCGAUAUGAGCUGCGGACAAGCAGACGCAUCCAGAUCUGAACUUUCUUUCUUUGCCGUUUGUUCUUCAUCCUUUAGCGGUUUCCUUUGCGCUGCGACUGGUUGGACUUGCUCAGAAGCAUGUGUCUCUAACGCAUCCUUCAUGAAUUCUCACCCAACUAGUUUGGCUGUAGAAUUGUGCUGGUCGACCAUCAAGUCCACCAACAACAAGCUGUUUAUAUCUGUCCUCUUUGAGGUAUGAAUUAGCUAAGUGGAUUCAGGCUACAGAGUCCAGUGGUGGCCUUAAAGUACUCUAAAUUCAUAGACUGGCCUUAAAGCAGGUUGCACUACUAAGCCAUGAACGAGGCCAGAUGUGAAUGUAAACUUGGGCUGUGAGUGAUCAGCAGCGUUUCCAUUCAAAUCUGAACAAUGUUUCAGAACUCCUGUGUUUAUGGGCAGCUGGUUAGAGAUAUCCAUGCGAAGUGUCAGAGAAACAUCUUUAUGAGCAGGCAGACUUUCCCUUAAAGGACCCCUCUCAUCAUCAGAUGUCAUUUCUCAUCUCUCUUUGGGCCCAUUUGACAUUCUCAGAGCUCCAGCGAGCAGUCUUUCUUUGGCAGGCUCUCAGUUUCUUCUCUAACAACGUCUGAAUCUGUCUUUUUUUUUUCUCCUUUCCAAUCUACCAAACCAUGGCGAUUGGCGACACUGUGUCUUUGGGGCGGUGGUGCACCACUCUUCACAGCUUUGUGUUGGCGGUUCAGGUUGAUGCACAGAAUAUAUAACGUACACGAUUUUGGAAUUGUUUCAGCAAAGGACAGUAUGUUUGAUUUAUAUUCCCUAUUGUUUGUUGGAGGCUAUAUUGACAUGUUUGUUUUCACUGUUAAAUGUGUUUCAGCCCUCUUGUAAAUCGAUCAAUGAAAAUGCAGAUUCAAUAGAAAUUGUCAUUUACCAAAAUAAAAUUAAGAUUCACUAAAUAUUUGUUUUGG